AUGGAGAUUGAUUGUACAAGAAGUUGCCUGCUGCGAACAACACUCGAGCUCAGCUACCUCAGCUCAUUCUGUGUGCUUCGCAAUACCUCAACUCCUGCCAGCCGGACCGAGUCCUUUGGCCGAGAAAGGCAGGCCAUCGUCAUCAGCCUCGGACCAUCCUUGAAGACAGGUCUGCUUGUACUUCGUACACCGGAUGGGUAUCGUUCCUGCCUUCCAUCGUGCAUACUAGGUGCUGGCAGCCCCACGGUUCAAAAGACAGCCGUUGUCUCGGGUCGCCCAACGCCAGACGAAAGUAGGGAGACGUUUCGCGCCGCAUCCCUUCCGGCAAUCAGCUGCUGGUCGUUGGCCAAAAAAAUCCACGAGGCCCCAGCUCAUCUCAUCGAACCCUUUAGAGGCACCGCCGCUGCCAUCGUCAAGGCGCUCGCAUCUGACAAAGUGUCAAGGUCUUCUGAAGAUACGAAGGCUCCACCAUCAUGGCGUGGCAAGAGGACCACGCGUCGGGGCCCCGCGGCAACAGCCAGGAAACUGGACUCGAGAGCCGUCUUCGCCGCUUCAUUCUUACCAAUGCCCCUUCCGAUGAGGCCGGCGUGUCGUCCGCCGCGUCUGGACUGCAGUCACAACCGCCAGUGGCUGUCGAAAGCACAGGGCCAGACCGCGAGGCCCAAUUGA